AUGUUUGUGAUCGGAGUGGUGAUGCUGCUUUUGACGGUGCUUCCGGCUGUUCUACCGCCGCUUCCGCCGCCGCCGAUGAUAGUGAUGGGAAUUCCGGUGGUUCUUAUGCUAAUGCUUCUUUACUUAGCCAUUAGUUAUCCUCCUCUUCUCUCUUCUUCUUUUAACUUUGACAAUACUCCUAGUCGUCAUGUAAUGUGA